AUGUCUAUAAGCGAAGAUCUUCCAAUUGUACCUCUGGUGCAGCAUCGUAAGUCAACGGUGGAUUUAGGUGAAAACAAAGAAUGGAAACAAAAAUUGAGGCAUAGUGCCAACAGGUUGUCUACCGACCUUUUCAAGAUGAAGCACCAGCAGUACUAUGACCGUCGACCAUCUUCGGUAGACGCCGGUACGUGGUACUCGGCGGGUUCAUCCGUUAGUGGUGCAUCUGUUUUAGGUGCUGCCGCUUCAUCUAAUUACAACUAUUCGUCGGGGGGAGGGGGGGUAGGAGGGGGUAGGAGGAGCAGUGGAGUGGGUCUCAUUGGGACGGCAUCAGCGUCAGGAUCUGUAUCGAUAGCAGGGGAAGACGACGACGACCGAGGGGAAGUCAAGUACUCUUCCGCUCGUAUGUCCCUGCUUGCGGGUGCGCCGUCUCCAGCGUGUGGAGGGGGGUUCGGACCUUACGAUGAAUACAAUAACCAUUCAGAUGUCCAUUACGGCUUCCAACAAUCACUUGUCGAGAAGCUCUACGAUUAUGGUAAUUCCGAUAUGGGCCCUAUGGGUAUGGAUACACCACCAAGCUCCGAAGAAAUCCUCAUGGCAUCGAGGCUUCCACGAAAUACAUCCAUCUUCCGCUCCUUCGAAGGAUGGGGUUUCGAUCCUGAGGAUGUAUAUCAAAUGGAUCCGACGGAAGAAAAGGAAAAUGAACCUGCUACGGGGUUCCGAUUCGACUCGUCGAUUCGUAAAACGGCUUACGACGAGAACGAAGCUAAUAAUGUCGCUAUGACGGGCGUGGAUCCUCUCGAUUUGAUGGAUGCUUCGCGGACGGUUGUCGAUUCGCAUCCUCUCCCUAUCCCUCUUCGAUUCAACAACCGAAAGCGGUCAAGUCAGAUUGCCUUUCGAGACCAGCAAAAGAGACGCAGAGGCUCCAGCUUGCAUAGUGCGCAUGGGCACACCCGUCAACAUAGCAGACAACAUUCUAGAUCUGCCAAUGGAUCUAUCUCUGAGGAAGGGUUCACCAGCAGUCCCUAUCGACCAUCGAUUGUUUUGACUGAGAUGCCGAUAUUCGAUUUCAGCGAGAGCGAACCGAAUACUAGGAAUGUUAGUAUUACGGCUAGCAGCAGAAAUGGGAGCAUCUAUGGUGGAAGACCUAACCUUCCCCGUGGUAGCAUCGGGAGCGGUGCUGGAAGUCGUAGGUCCAGCAAGGUCUCAAAGAAGUCUAUCAGCAGUACAGCAGCUGUAUCCGGGAGCCCAGAGGAACCGGCAAAGAAAAAAUCUUUCUUCAGGUUCCUGUCUGGGAGACGUUCUAAACCGAAGCUUGCACCAACUUCGCAGGCUAGGGUACCGGAUACUUCAUUUGUCCCUUUGCUCCACGAUAUCACUGAAGUUUCUAGCGUCAGUAGCCGAGAGGCCACGCCGGAGCUUAUGACCGCCACCGAAACUCCUCUUCUUAAGGUUGAAAGGGCUGCGGACGGGAAACCUCGCAUGCUGCCGGUCGCCCGAGCGGGAUAUGGUAUGCGCAGGGCGUCCGUUUCUUUAAAAAUGGAUGAUGACGAUGUAUUCGACAACCCGGCGCCCGUGGCCCCUCAUAGAGAGAGACGUAGUUCUUCGGUCUACUCCCAGCACGAUCUCAUUCCGUUAAGGGCGCGACAAGCUUCCUCAGUGUAUGAUGGCGAACCGAGCGGGAUGCGUCGUUCUUCGUCCGUCUAUGAUUUUGAGAGCCCGGAGCCCGGUUUGAGAAUCCGUCGUACUUCGUCAGUAUACGACAUUGAUAACAUGAUCCAACCAGGCGAAGAGCCGUCACCUCCAUCAACGCCGACAUCAACAUGGAGACGGUAUUCAGAGAAUCAUUUGUCACAUCCUGAUGUCUACGUCCCGCCUCGUGCGAACUGGUACAAAUCCGACUGGGGUUUAGAUGACAACAAACAACUGGAUGCCGACGCGAGAAGUAUUUCGUCACACGCAACGGGUGCUGUUAAGGCAGUGUUAUCAAGACAGCCAGGCAGUAGCCGGCGAGGGAGCAUGGAUUAUGGUACAUAUGCUCCUGAUACGAGUGGCGAGGGGGGAGGGUUUAACCCGCAGAGGCGAAAGAGUACGGAUGAGAAGAUGGCAGAUUUGAGCAUUGCAUUGCGGAACGCUUUGAAGAUGAAAGAUAUUUUGGAAGAGGACGAGUAUUAUGCAUGA